AUGUCUGACGUCCCUGCCCACAUUGCCCAGCAGCGUCAGCUCUACCAUGCCGCCUUGCAAAAGCAGAACGCAGGACAGCAGCAACAACAGCAGCCUGGUUAUGGUUCUCCAAACCAGGGCGGUGGCUACGGAUACCAGCAGCAGGAUCAACAGCAACAGUACUACCAGGGUCAGGGCCAGCAGCAGCAGCAGCAGCCUUACUACGGGCAGAGCGCAUCCAGCGAUCCUUACGCUGGACCUGUCCCUCCCCCCAACGGUGCCUAUAACCCCUACGGACAGCCUGAUCCUCAACAACAGCAGUACCAGCAACAGCAGCAGUACCAACAACAGCAGCCGGGUGGCUAUGGUCAGCAACAGCAACAGCCAUAUGACCAGCAACAGCCAUAUGACCAGCAACAGCAGUAUCAGCAGCAGCAGCCGGGUUACCAACAGUCUCCCCAGCCUGGUCAGGUUGUUCCUUCUCCUUCUCAGCAACAGCAGGUUGCUGCUCAGCAGCCCCAGCCUAAUGUUGUAGGCGCCGAGUAUCCCCUCUUGGUCGCCAUCGAUUUCGGAACCACGUUCUCGGGAGUCGCUUAUGCCUUCAAGCAAAACGGCGAAGUUCUGGAGAUGACCACCUGGCCCCACCAGGCUAACUUGUACGGAAAGGUCCCUACCGUCAGCGCAUACAGCAAGGAAAACGACAAGAUGCACUCUUGGGGAUACGCUGCCAAGGCUGCUAUGUUGACCCCUAACGCCCGCAACCUCGAUCUGUUGCAAAAGUUCAAGCUGUUCCUGGACAACGACCUCGCCCCGUACCUGCCCCCUCUUCCCCGCACCAUCAACCCCCAGAACGCCAUCAGCGACUAUCUCCGUGCCAUCCACACCCACGCUAUUGCAGAGAUCCAAAAGAAUGGCGGAGGGGGCAUGAUCGACCCCCAGCACCACAUCCAGUACUGUUUGACUGUCCCUGCCAUGUGGACCGAUGCUGCCAAGGGUGUCAUGCGUCGCACUGCCAUCGAGGCUGGUCUCAUCCAGCCCCAGGAUCCUCCUCACCGUCUCCUUCUCGUCUCUGAGCCCGAGGCUGCUGCCAUGUACUGCGAGCGCAAGUGCGAGCAGUUUAACUUGCGCCAGGGAGAUCGUUUCAUGAUUUGCGAUGCCGGUGGUGGAACGGUCGAUUUGAUUGUUUUCCAGGUUGAUUACAGCAGUGGAACUCGUGCGUUGACAGAGGUGACUCGUGGAUCCGGCGCCAGUUGUGGGUCUGGAUUCUUGGACGAGAACUUUUCUAUGCUCGUUCACCACAAGCUGCAGCGUUACGACCUUCAGCCCAAGGCCUGGGCUCAGAUCAUGGAAGAGUUCGUGUACAUGCACAAGCCCCAGUUCGACGGAGACGAGGACUCUUUCAUCUCGAUGCCCGCUGCGGUGGCCAACAUUGUCGAUCUGGACAUUAGACUUGAGGAUGGUCUGUUGGCAGUCUCUGCACAGGAGAUGCGUGAGCUCGUCUUUGACCCUGUGGUCAACCAGGUUCUCGGAUUGAUUGACGGACAGCUCUUCCAGGCCCAGCAGUGUGCGGCCAUCUUCUUGGUCGGUGGUUUCGGUUCUUCUCCUUACCUCCACAAGCGUGUCCAGCAGGAGUUUGAGAGUCGUGUCCCCUUGAUCCGUUACCCUCCUCGUCCUGAUCUGGCCGUUGUCCGUGGUGCUGUCUACCACGGCCUGACCCACCAGCCCAUCCAGGCUCGUGUUGCUCGUCGCUGGUAUGGUGUCGACACCACGCGUCUGUACAAGGCCGGUGAUCCAGUUGAGAAGAAGUAUAUGCAGGAUGGCAAGUACCGUGUCCGUGAUGGAUUCUCUGUCUUCGUUCGCCCUGGCCAGUCGAUCUCUGCGAACGAGUGUAUCAGCAAAAAGUAUGUGACACACAAGUACCCCGAGCCCUUGUCGUCUCCCCUGUAUGUGUACAACGGAGAGGACCAGCCCGACUUUGUGGACUCGCCUGGUGUCCAGAAGUUGUGCGACUUUACUAUCCCUCUCCCUCACAUUCCUGGUGCAGCGCCCGGUACGCCUGUUGUGUUUACUCUGAAGAUGUACUUUGGAUUGACCGAGUUGAAGGCCGAAGCCGAGUUCCAGAGCGGAGAGGUCAUCUCUACCCUCUGCCAGUUCCAAUAG